UGGAACUAGAGGGCCAAGAAGAGCCCAGUGUGACCACGGCAGGUGCAUCAAGUCUUAGAUAAAGCUACAGAUUGGUCAGUCCAACUAUGAAGGACAGCAGAAGUCAGCCUUGUUAGAGAGUUUUAUUCCUUGGAAAGAGAGAAGCCGUUGAAGAAGUCUGAGCAGAAAAAUGUCACGACAAUGCUGUAUUCCAAAAAGAUUCAUCGUGCAAGACACUACUACUCAAGGGCUUCACAAGAAAAAGCUCCAACUCAUGGUCUGGUAGGGGAAUGAAAUGGAAGGGACAGAGGCUGAGGACCCUGACAGCUCCAGGCCUGCCACCAUCAUUUCCCCUCCUUCCCACUCCUUCACCAGAGAUUAACACUAUUCUAAAGCCAGCAGUGGGUAUACUUUUUCUUUUUUUUCUGUCUUCCAAAUCUUAAGCCUAGUGUUGUUUUCACUCCUCUUCCACAGCUGCCUCAUCUUUAGAGCAACUUUUGAAAGGCUGGUCAUGGAGGGGGAUUACGGAAACUUCAUUGCUGAAGGGCUCCUGGAUCCCAUCCUAAGUCAGUGGCCUUCGGUGUUGGGGAACACUAAGGACAAACUAUUGUGGAACUACUCACCCUACAUCUUGAACCAUUUAACUGCCCUUCCCACCCUCCAUUUACUCUCAGGCAUGACAUAUCACAACACAAUACAAAGGUCUUUGCCACAGAGAACACAAGCAUCUUAAAGCAUCUUAGGUCGCAUUUUAUGCAGCCAAAUAUUUACCAGUAAUAGGGUAAAAAGUGAAUGUAUGGUCCUUAUGUAUGGCUGUUAUGGGAAUGAGGCUAUCCCUAGGGUGACUGAUAUUAAGUUAGGUCAGAUUUGCUGCUUUUUAAGAUCUGUAGAAUAAAUUCCAAGUAUUAGCUCAGUAUCAGAAAUUGGCAAGUCUACUGCAUAGAUUUGAGUUGUGCCCUCUUAUUUUUCAUACAGCCUUCCAUCAUCAGUAACACCCUCUGCCUUGGUACUUGAACACGACAACCUAUGGCUAGAAAGAGGAUGCACAUGCAUCCUGAAAAUUCACCUGCAUACAAAUGUAUGAUCAUAGAGAAUUCUUAAAUUUAAGGUCGGUGGCCACUAAAAGUUUUAAGACCAUGGACUCAUUUAUUUUUACAGGUGUCAUUAGUUUUUAGUUGGGCUAAAAAUACACGUCAUUGUUUCAAAGAAAGGCUUUGAAAAUGACAAUGUUCAUUUGCUAGCGCCCACCUGAUAAUCCAGAAGACUUCAAGUAACCCCCCUCCAGUGUUACAUACAGUGUCACCUUUUCCUUAAUGGUGUUAUGGCACAGGUCUGCUUGUUCUGGUGUUUGUUGAAAUUUGAAUGGAAAGGCAUGGGGAAGUCAGGUGUCACUUGGUUGGGUCAACUGGUUACCCACACAGAGUCCCACAAGUUGGCUGUGCCUUAAUUUCAUCACUCUCAAGUAUUUGUCAUGCACUCAGAAAUUCAGUUGCUAAUAUAGCAGUGGUGAUCAACUUUGAGGAACCUACUCAGGCUAAACAAACUCCCUAGAAGACAGAAUUCGCAUAGUUUGAUGUAUAGUUAGUUACAUUCUGUCCAUGAAGUUACAUCCCCAUGAGACACUAACUCAUAAUCAGAAUGUUCUUACAAGUGGUGGAUGGGAACAAGGAGAGUGGUUGGAUGUUCUCAAUGGCCAGUCGCUCAAGCAAGUGGACAUGCUUAUGGUAUCUCAAGCACUCAUCCAUGGAAGAUUAAGAAUGACCCAAAAGAAAUCAAAGAUUUGUUCCAGAGCCAAUGUUUAUACUCAAGUGCCUGACGGAAGAUGGGGCUGGGCAGUGGCCAUUUCUUUUUUCUUCAUUGAAGUCUUUACCUAUGGAAUCAUCAAAUCAUUUGGUGUCUUCUUUACUGACUUAAUGGACAGUUUUAGUGAAUCGAAUAGCAAGAUCUCAUGGAUAAUAUCGAUAUGUGUGUUUGUCUUAACAUUUACAGCACCCCUCUCCACCAUCCUGAGCAGCCGGUUUGGCCACCGUGCGGUGGUGAUGCUCGGGGGGCUGCUCGUGAGCACGGGCAUGGUCUUGGCUACCUUCGCCCAGGCCGUUUACCACCUCUACAUCACCAUCGGGAUCAUCUCUGGUUUGGGAUAUUGCUUUAGCUUUCUCCCAACCGUAACCAUCCUGUCCCAGUACUUUGACAAAAGACGCUCCGUGGUUACUGCAGUUGCUUCUACGGGGGAGUGUUUCGCUGUGUUUGCUUUUGCUCCAGCAAUCACGGCUCUGAAGGAGAAAAUCGGCUGGAGACACAGCCUCCUCUUUGUGGGCCUGCUACAGUUAAAUAUCAUAGUCUGUGGAACGCUGCUGAGACCAAUUAUUAUCCGAACGGCCGGGUCACCCAAGAUAAGCACACAUGAAAAUCGGAAAGAAGUGCAAUAUAUGCUUGAAAACGAGAAAACACACACCUCAAUAGACUCCAUUGACUCAGGAGUGGAAAUAACUACCUCACCCAAAACUGUGCCUUAUCCCGCUAACACGGAACUGGAGCCGAAGGCGGACACGCAGCAGAUCCUCGGGAAGAACAUCUCCAAGCAAGGCGUUAAGAGAGCUCCAUUGUUGGACUUCUCGAUUUUGAAAGAGAAAAGUUUUAUUUGUUACGCAUUAUUUGGUCUCUUCGCUACACUGGGCUUCUUUGCACCUUCCUUGUACGUCAUUCCUUUGAGCAUCAGCCUGGGCGUUGAACAGGACCGAGCUGCUUUUAUCUUAUCUGCGAUGGCGAUUGCGGAAGUUUUCGGGAGAAUUGGAGCCGGUGUCGUCCUCAACAGGGAGCCCAUCCGUAAGAUCUACAUUGAGCUCAUCUGUGUCAUCUUGUUGACUGUGUCUCUGUUCGCCUUUACUUUUGCUACAGAAUUCCGGGGUCUUAUGUCAUGCAGCAUAUUUUUUGGUUUUAUGGUUGGGACAGUAGGAGGCACCCACCUCCCACUGCUAGCGGAGGAUGACGUGGUGGGAAUUGAGAAGAUGUCAUCUGCAGCUGGAGUCUAUGUCUUCAUCCAGAGUAUAUCAGGACUGGCUGGACCACCCCUGGCAGGUCUGCUGGUCGACCAAAGUAAAAUAUACAGCAGAGCCUUCUACUCCUGCGCAGCCGGCAUGGCCCUGGCAGCCGUGUGCCUCGCGCUUGUGAGACCGAGUAAAAAGGGACUGUGCCAGUGUCAUCGUUCAGCUGAAACAAGGGCGGAGAGUCGUCGUAGGAAAGCUUUACAAGACCCACCUGAAGACUUUCUUGAAAUGGAUCUUGGGAAAAAUGAGCACAGAGUUCCUAUGAAAAUGGAGCCCGUAUGACGUGCUUUCGUGUAACAUCAGCCACUGUGUUGGCUGGUGGGGAGGAAGGCGUGAGAUGGGAUGGGGGAGAGGAGUUAGGGGAGCUCCACUCUACCCCACAGUCAGCUACAUUUAAAGGGAUGUCCAUGGGAACAGCACCACCACCAUUGUUUUUCCUUUUGUUUUCCUUUUUGCUUUUUUAAGCCAAAACGAAAUAACCAAAUACUCUUCCAUAUAUAAAUCUGGUUGUAUUCAGUAACAAUACCAAGAUACAUAGAAAGACACUUUGGUUCACAUUCCAGUUUUAAAACUUUGACAUGAAUUGGCAAAGUGGUUUUAAGGGCUCUCGUAUGUGAUACACUACUAUCUUAUAAAACAUCUAGCCCAGGUCAUCAAAAUGAAAUUGCCCAUUCAAAAAAUCUUAAAUCGUUUUUUAGGUUUCUAAUUUUUAAAAAUAAAUGAAUAAAUUGUUUAAAACCCUUUUAAAAAAGUACUGCAGUUCCCAUUAACAAAUUAUGGCCUCUUAAUUUUCCAAGUAUUUCAUGGAUAUGAAGUAUGGUUUAAGACCAAACAUUUGACUAAUGAACAGAACUUUAAAAAUAUAUACAUAUGACUUGAACUUCAUAAAUGUGAAGAUUACGACUUCUUUUUAUGGCCAGUCUUUACCACAAGUGUUUCAAUACAAAACACAGAAUGGCAUUCAAAAAUGUGUUUCCUGUUGCUUUUAAUUAUUCAGAAAUAUGUGAUUGUAAUAUCUUUAAUUUAAACCAAUAUUUAUUACUAAGUUAUUCUAGGAGAGGAAUAAAGUAAUCAAAAGAAAUAAAAUCUGAGCAUACGCAGCAUUUUUACUGCCUUUCUGCAAUCCUCUGAAUGCCUCAAAGAAGACUUCUUCAUCUUGUAAAGUUACUCUCCUAAAAGGCCAAAUUAUAACGACUCUUAAUAUGUUUCAAGGCAGAGUGCUAUUUAAAGGGAACAAAAUAAUGAAUAGCAAACUGCCUUCGUUUUUAAAAUAUUUUUUGUCACCUAAAAAUGCUCAAGGAUCAUUUUUGACCAGAAUUAUAUUUCAUGGUAUUGUGGAAGCAUUUCUGAUUUUUUCUUUAAACAUCCAGCUGUUGAAGCCUGUCUGCUAUUUCAUGUGGGGAGCAGAGACAUUUGAUUUACCAUCAUGAGUAAUAAGUGACGAUUUUACAUCAUAUGUAAAACGUGACUUGAUCUAAGUUGCCAUAGGCAUCAGACAACUGGUCACUUGUUUGUGUGCAGUUACACUACAUGUAUACUAUUUCUCAUUUUAACAUUUUUUUGCAAAGAGGGCAAGUGUGAGGACAACAGAGAGGAGCUGCUUACUUACUUCUUUGUACCGAAUCUCAUCCUACAGGUGACGGUCAAUGCUCACUGCCCCAUACUUUCUCAUUUUUACUGUUAAUUUAUGACAACUCAGGGGGAAAAAUAUAAACAAGCCUAGUUUGGUUACAGGUACACACAAGCUUGAAUAUUUCUCUGCACUGAAAUCAGAGUGGCAUAGUUCUUCACCUGCUACAUUUUAUAGUGUUUUAUCAGCCAUAGAUAUAGGACAAUCUAUAAAACUUAGGGGAGGGAGGGGAUGAAAGGACAAAGUGCCUGUCAAAAUCAGGCACGCCUAAACAAGGUGGAUGUAGCAAAUCUUCUGUCACUGCUUGAGGAGGACUUUGAGCUUGUGGCAGUUUUGCAGAAUUACAUGACUUCAGCACUUUACAACCUAUUUUUUACUAUGAAUGUUCGAUACCAUUUAAUAUUUGUAACUGAUUUCUGAGGGAUCCACUCUAUGUCCACUCUGUACACUGCAUGAAAAAAAAUGUAUGGCAAUUUCAGUAUGCCAGUAAUCAAAGUUUUAAAUGUUUGGAAGAAAACAAAAUAAGACUGCUGAUUUGUUCUGUAUUGGUGACAUUCUGGUACUUCUAGAUUUGCAAUAAGUUUAUGGCUUUUUUAUUUAAAAGAGACUGAUUUUCU